AUGUUGGCGUCCGUGCUGGCGAUGGCGCUGUUCUGCUUCAGGUCUAUCAAGAUCGGGUCGGCCUGGGACGUGCUGCGCUGGACCAUGGUGGCGCCCUUCUUCACUGGCAUGCUCUUGUCCUCCAUCUUGGCCCUCAAGUUCGCCCCAAUGAGCCUCGUGGUCGUCUUCCGAACCCUCUCUCCUAUGCUGUCAUUGCUCAUCGAGCGCAUGUAUCCGGACCCGCUCCGCAUCACCGCGCCCAUGCUGGCCAGCAUCUUCACCAUGGUCUUCGGCGCUGGGCUCUACACCAGCGCGAUGAGCAGGUCUGGCCUGGGUGGCAUCGGCUGGGUCUUCCUCAACAUCUUCUUCGCCGUCGGCGACCGGCUGCUGCAGCGGCUGAUGCUCGCGAAGGACCAGAACCCGGUCGACAUCUCCAAAACGGGCAUCACGCUUCUCAACAACCUGGAGGGUCUGCUGCCCCUCGUGGUCGUGAUGGCGAUCAAGCACGAGUUCUCCGAGAUCCCGGAGGCCGUGCAGAGCCUCUCGGCCAUGGGCUACGUCUGGGUCGGCCUCAGCUGCCUGGUGGGCAUCGGCAUCAGCUACACCGGCAUCUGGGCCCAGAGCCUGAUCAGCGCCACCAGCUUCCUGGUCCUCGUGAACGCCAACAAGUUUGUGAUCAUCUUCGUCGAGGCCUUCUGCCUGAAGACGAAGUCUCUCACCGCGAUCCAGGUGGUGGGCGCCUGCGUCACGAUCCUCGGAGGCGUGCUGUACGGCAAGGCCCGCGAAGCGAUCGAGGCGGAGGCGAAGGCGACGGGGGAGACCGAGCGGCUCGUGGGGCAGCCGGGGGCCAAGGUGUGA